UUUUUCCGCGGAGGCCUUAUGUGAGGGGUGCAUCUGUCCGGGAUUAUCAGGAUUAUCAUUCGUUCCGGGAUUAUCAUUCGUUCAAUAUUUAAUUAAAAGGCUUGGCGCCUAACCUGCCGCGCGCCUAACCGGCCGUCGCCUAACCGGCCCGCGCCUAAACGGGCGUGUCCCUGUCAAAAAUGUUAGGGUAUUUUGGAGAAGAAAGGAUAAAACUUCACGACUUUUACCCAACGCCAACUUUUUUAUUUAUAAUCUUUGAAUUUGCAAGUGAAGAAUUAUUUGAUAAAUUAAAUCGUGCAGUUAAAUUUGGUGAAAAGAAAACUCGUCAUAUAAUGCAACAAUUGUUCGAAGGCAUUUGCUUUAUUCACGAAAAAAUGAUUGUUCAUCGUGACUUGAAAUUAGAAAAUAUUUUGGUUAUUAAUGGCGACCGUGUGGUUAUUAGUGAUUUUGGUUUUGCAAAGCAAUUAAAAGAAGGGCAAUUAUUAAAAGAUCUUGUUGGCACGCCAGGCUAUUUGGCACCAGAAACUUUACGUUGUCAAAUGAAUGAAGAUGCUAAAGGUUAUUCGUUAGAAGUGGAUAAUUGGGCAUUAGGUGUAAUAAUGUAUACAAUGUUAUCUGGACAUGCACCUUUCUAUCAUAGACAACAACUUCGAAUGAUGAGAAUGAUACAAGAAGGAAAAUACGAAUUUAAGAAGGAAUCGUGGGAACAUAUUUCUGAUGGAGCUAAGGAUCUCAUUCAACGCCUUUUAACUGUCCCAGUUUCAAAAAGAAUACUCAGCUCUGAAAGUUUAAAACAUCCAUGGAUGUUAUCUACAGCAGAUGGUGAAAAUCCUUCAACAAUUAGUAAAUGGGAUCCAAGAAGAAUAUUUAGAAUUGCUCAACAUUCUAUUAGAUUUUUGGUCAGAAUGACAAAUUCUAAAUCAACAACAAAAUUGGAUGAAGGAGAAGAGACGCGUCCACGUCCAUAUAGAAGCAGAAGUGAGUUGUCGGGAAAUUUUUUUAUUUUAAAAUUAUUGAGCCCAACAAAAAUUAAAAAUGGAUAUUUUUAUUAA